AUGUAUUCGAAAGCUAGUAAUAGUUUAAGAUUAUUACGACAGCGAUAUGUCAUGCAUAAAAGUCGACUGACACUUCGUGGCGAAGUAAUCGCUGUUUGUUAUCGCUUUGGUACAGUCAUUUGUGAAAUUGCAUCGUAUAAGCUGACAAAACUUAAAUUGAUUACACUUUAAGAAGAUAUACGCAAAAUGUAACGAGUGAUCUUCUGAAUUGCACAUUCCAGUCAAUUACUGUUUAAAUCAGCAUUAGUGGUGGGAGGUCUGGUUUAGAAAUUUAUCGAAGUGAAGUAUGGACGUGAGUUUCCUAAUGUUAAAAGGUUAAUUUAUUGCGAUAGGAUAUAAUAAUGCUAUUCAUUUUUAAUGAAUUACUCCAAGUUGGAGGCCACGGCGACUGAUUUAAACGACAAAAUUCCUUGCUUGCGACAUAUCCUUCGUCCGGAAUAUGCCUCAUAUUUAACGACAAUUGCGACAGUGCUGAUAGGAUGGCUGCUCGUGACUUGGAUAUUUCACAUAAUCUGGAUGUUGCUAACACCCUUGGCGAUAGGCGCAAUCGUUAUAGCAAUUAUAUACCCAACAACUACCAGAUGGUACUUUCAGCAAUUAGGAACAAACCUGAAAGUGAUAGUGAACGAUUUCAUUUAUAAAUGUCUAGCACAUCGAUAACGAUAUUGAACAGUAAUUAAUGUUUAUAAACCGGUCAUUUGUCUAAUUUAAAUAACA